CCAUCAGAGUCACGCCCUGGAUCUGAUCCUGCAAAAGGAGCUUUGGGUCCUGGUGAAGUGAGCCUGGUCACCAUCAAAUAAUGGAGAAUCUGCCCUGCUGCCGGGGCUGCCAAGUGUGAGGGCACAGGGAGGAAUCGGGCUGUGAUGAAGAAAACAGCAGGUUUCCCAGAAUCCUUCAUCCUCCUCUUUCUCCAGAUGCUCACAAUUGGUUCAGCUCAGUUUUCUGUGAUUGGACCUGCUGAGCCCACCCUGGCCUUGGAGGGGCAAGACGCUGAGAUGCCCUGUCACCUGAACACUAAGGAGAGUGCUGAGGACAUGGAGGGGAGGUUGUUCCGAUCCCAGCCCUCUAACAUUGUGCACCUGUACCAGCACGGAAAGGACCAGUUUGGAAGGCAGAUGGAGGCGUAUCGAGGGAGGACGGAGUUGGUGAGAGAUGCAAUGGAUUAUGGGAGUGUGGCUGUGAGACUACACAACGUCAGAGUCUCUGAUGAGGGAAACUACCACUGCUCUUUCUUUGAUGGUUCUCAAAAUGAAGCCCCUCUGGAGCUGCAGGUGGUUGAGAAAUUCCUGUUGGAGCUCAGGCAGACACUGGUAGAGUUACGCACAAGUCAAGCAUCAGAAUCAUGCAAAGGAUUGGGCACCACCAUGUUUGAUGAGAAACAUUAUGGUACCUACUUCAUUCUUACUCAGGUAACCUUCUCAUGUCUGAUAACCAUGCUCGUACACUUCCUUUUGCCUGGAGCUCCCUCUCCCUUCAUAUAGUCACCUAACCACAGAUCUCUUCCAUUUUUAAAGCCUCCUGAAAUCCCACCUCCUCCAGAAGGCUUUCCCUGAUGAAUAUUUCUUCUCAGCAUUUACACACUCAAAGUCACCUGUAUUAUUUACGCAUAUGUGAAUUUAUUUACUCUAUCUUUCAUGUUUCUAUGUCCAUCUUUCCAUUCUCUUCUAACUUCCCAUCUGUAAAUAACUUUGUUUCUGUUUCUCCUAAUCGGUUGAUCUUGAGAGCAGGAUUAUGUCUUCUAAUUCUACUCUUUCUUCUAAACACUAUUGUAAUCUGGCCUCUCAAGGAAAAUGGUGGUCUUCCUGGUUUGUUUUCUACCUGUGUUAGUACAUGAGACAAUAUACUGCUUCAGCAGGAGAAUUCAUUCACAGCUUUCGGCUUUCUGGGCCUGUGUAUAGCACUUCCCUAGUGCAAGUUGGUGCAUAACCUCAAUGUAUUUCAAAUUUUCUAACCAUCCACAACAUUACUUAGUUCUAGCAAAUUAAUUUGUAUUAUUUUCACAUUUUGUAUAAGUGUACUUUCAGCAGUCAUUGAUGUCCAGUAGCUCCCAGAUGAUUAUCACUGGGAGUUUGCUGCUACAUACAGACUCCAGUUUUUAUGACUAUUGUUACAUCUACAAGUGGGGCUGAAUAAAAUAUUCUUAGUGACAAACUA